UAAAAUGUGUGAUAAUAUUAAAAGUAAAAAAAAAACUGCAUGGAAAUUUUAACAACGUACGACUAAGAAAGUCAUUCCUCAUUACUCAUUUUGAUUACUGUUAAUUUUGAAACUUCGAAAUCGUAAAACGAAAAAAUGCCAGUUCCGAGUACAAGUCUUUACGGAGGUCAAGGUAAACCCUCGUGUUACGACAGAGUAUCGACUUCGUUUAUGAUGGGUGCCACCAUCGGAAUAACUUUGGGAAUUUUAUUCGGUGGUAUAGGAGGCUUGAGGUCAGGGUUCAGGGGCCGAGAGCUGAUUUCCAGUAUGGGCAAAACUAUGCUGCAGAGUGGCGGAACAUUUGGCACAUUUAUGGGUGUUGGUGCUGCCCUUAGAUGUUGAUUAAUAGUUUAUUAUUUAUUAUUAGAUAUGUUUCUUUUUUUAAUACUAUAUUUAUGUAAAAUUUAAUUUCUUAUGUCAACUACAAUAAAUAAUACAUUUUUAUUUAGUA